AUGUCGAUGUACACCAGUCGCCCUCCCACUGCUUUUCCCCACGGCCGCGGCCACACGGAACUCAUCAGCCGAAAAGGGUCCCGUCCGGAAGGAUCCCCGCUGGUCAGCGCCAUCUCGUACUCCAGCUCCAGCCUAUCGCCCUGGGAGUGCCGGGGGCCUCCCGGGGGGGAUUUGGGGUCCCCCGAUGCACCCCAGUCCCUGCAGCCGUCCCAACGUUCCCCGAUCCUGACGCACCCUCACCCUCCAGCCCCGCCACGCUCCCGACAGGGCCCGCCCUCAGCGCUGGCCCCGCCCCCAGACCCCGAUGAGGCGCGGACCGUGCCCCCACAGACCGUGCCCCCACGGACCGUGCCCCCACGGACCGUGCCCCCACAGACCGUGCCCCCACGGACCGUGCCCCCACAGACCGCGCCCCCACUGACCGUGCCCCCACAGACCGUGCCCCCCACUGACCGCGCCCCCACAGACCGUGCCCCCACUGACCGUGCCCCCACUGACCACGCCCCCACUGACCACGCCCCCACAGACCGUGCCCCCACUGACCGUGCCCCCACAGACCGUGCCCCACUGACCGCGCCCCCACCGACCGCGCCCCCACAGACCGUGCCCCCACUGACCGUGCCCCCACUGACCACGCCCCCACUGACCACGCCCCCACAGACCGUGCCCCCACUGACCGUGCCCCCACUGACCACGCCCCCACUGACCACGCCCCCACAGACCGUGCCCCCACUGACCGUGCCCCCACUGACCACGCCCCCACUGACCGUGCCCCCACCGACCGUGCCCCCACAGACCGUGCCCCACUGA